AAUACAGUGUUCUUCCUCGGUCCCUCAUGCCAUUUAAAAAAAAAAAAAAAAAAAAAACCCCCAAAAAAUGGGUUUUAUGUGCGUCACUGCGUGGAUGGCAAGACAAGGCCGUUGGAGAAUCCCCAACAUAUAGGGUUUUACUAAACCUCGCUCCUCUGUCAAAACCGUGAAUUCUUUCUAUAUCAACCGUCAACUCUCUCUCUCUUUCUCUCUGUGUGCGCAACAACUAUGAACAAGGGACCUGGCCUCUUUUCCGACUUUGGCAAGAAAGCCAGAGAUUUACUCACCAAGGACUACACUACCGACCAGAAGUUUUCAAUUUCUUCUUUCACCGACUCUGGAGUGGCUAUCACCUCAAGUUUGGUUGCGGAGGGAGGUCUGUCUGCUGGGGAUGUAGUCGCACAACAUAAAUUCAAGAAUGGCUCACUUGAUGUCAAACUUGACACAGAAUCAAACAUUUUAACAACCCUUAGCAUCACAGAUUUCCCAUCGUCUACAAAAGUCAUUGCUUCUCUAAAGUUGCCUGAUUACAACUCUGGCAAGCUGGAGGUACAGUAUUUCCAUCAACAUUCUGGUAUCAGUGCAGCUGUUGGAUUAAACCAGUCUCCGGCUGUUGAUUUCUCAGCAACUAUUGGCACUCCUGCCAUUGCCUUUGGUGCAGAGACAACCUACGCUACAGCUUCUGGUGAAUUUGCAAAGUAUAAUGCUGGUGUGAGUUACACAAAACCAGAUUCCAAUGCUUCAGUGAUUCUGGCUGACAAAGGAGACUCAAUUAAGGUAUCCUAUUUACAUCAUCUGGAUCUACUGAAUGGGGGCACUUUUGGGGGAGAGAUCAGUCGAAGGUUCUCCACUAAUGAGAACACAUUGACAGUUGGAUGUUCCUAUUUGGUUGAUCCUCAUACAGCGCUGAAGGCAAAGCUAAACAACCAUGGCAGUCUUGGUGCUCUUCUACAACAUGAGCUCAGGCCCAAGUCCUUCCUGACAAUUUCUGGUGCUUUCAACACCAUGAACAUGCAGAAGAAUCCCAAGUUUGGGUUGGCUCUCUCUCUCAAGCCUUGAUUGGCUAUACUCAUAUCAUGACAGGAAGAUGCAACCAAUUUUAUUCAAAGUACUUAUCUUGAUUUCCUCCUCGCUCAAAUUGAGGCAUUUUGAUAAAUUACAUUAUUUGAAAUUCCCUAAAGUUGGUAUUUCUCAUCGGUCGCUUGAAAAUGUUUACUGCAGAUUGUUCAAAUAAUUUACUUGCUAGUUGCUAUUGAGUAUUGACCAACAGAUCUGCUCGAGUUUUGUUGAGGUUUGAUUCUAAUUUGGAGAAAUGCUUCUGGUUUUCAUUCA